GCGUCUUCUAAACAUUUCAUCCUUCGUCUCUUGUAUAAGGGACUAAAAAACAACAAGACAGCGAAAUAGCCAACAAUCUAGGAUUUUAGGACAUUUUGCGUAAAAAUGGGUUACGCGUGUCUUCGAUUUUGUGUGUUCUUCUUCAAUAUCCUAUUCUUUUUGAGUGGUGUCGCUUUGUGUGGUUAUGGUAUUUACCUUCGUGUGGAUGAAGAUGACUACUCAGAUAUAUGCGAGCAAUACAGCUGGGUCAGCGCUGCGAACUUGUGUAUUGCUGCAGGGGCUUUGAUAUUCUUCAUUGCCGCCUUUGGAUGCAUUGGUGCUGCAAUGAAAAGCUCUGCUCUCCUUGGAUUUUUCUUCUUCUUCCUGUUGUUGAUUUUUGUUCUUGAACUGGCGGCUGGUGUCACGGCGUUUGUGUAUCGAACAGAGGUCGUUGAUGAGGCAGAAAUUUGCUUAAAUGGUACAAUCCGUCAAGCUCGAGACGGAAAAGGAACCUAUCAAGAUGCUUGGAAAAAUGUUCAAAAAGAGUUUGAUUGUUGUGGAGUCCGUGGUCAUGCAGACUGGGAAGGUUUUGCCGAUCAUAACUGCGAGGAUACUAAAAACGAUGGCUGUUUGGACAAAUUUGAAGACAAGUCAACAGAAUUUCUUUUAAUAAUCGGUGCACUGUGCAUUGGCCUGACACUAAUUGAGAUUCUUGGAAUGAUCCUCUCUAUUUCCCUAAUCCUCAAGAUCAACAAGGAAAAGAAGAAAUAUUCUCCUGAACCUAAAGAGGACUAUGGCAAAUUUUAAAACCUCUUUGACUUUUCAGCCUAUAAUCGUUUAUAACUAAAUAUAAUUUGAAAUAUCCUGAGAAAUAUCCACUUUCAAUGUUCAAAACUAAGAAAACCGCAGUUGCGGUAUUUUGUAGGUAAAAUGUCAGCAUGCUACUUUACCUCCUAAUACAGCAGACAUUUGCAGGUGGGAAGGUUGUUAAAAGUUUUCAUAAUUUUUUUAUUUUGUAAUUGAUGAUUUACUGUCACUUUGCCAUUACGCGUGAAAAUAUACUUUGCUAAAAAGAUAAGUUUUUAAAAGAAGACUCGUGAUUCUAGAAAACACUCUAAGAAAUAGUUAUAAUGAAUGGUACUAUACAUUAUAUGGUAGUGAACAAGCUCGU